AUGGGUCGGGAUAUGCAAGCAACCGAGAGCUUACUCUCCACGGGAAAUGACCUCGAUUCCGAAAUCCGAAUAGCCGCACACACAGCCCGCGAAAAUAUCAGGGGCCAGCAAGCGAACAUAGAGGAAACCGUACCGCCGAAGCCGACGGAAAUCCGAUGGCGAGAUCUACCUAAUAAAGACCAACUAUUCAUCCUCUCCCUCUGCCGUCUCUCCGAGCCGCUCUCCAACGUCUGCCUACUCCCGUAUAUAUUCUACCUCGUACGCUCCGUCCUCCCCCCUACUACAACGCCUUCCGGCGACGACAACGACGACCAACCGCAGGAAACCGCCGAUGCGGCAGCGGCAGCAGCACGUAUAUCUGAGUUCUCGGGGUUGCUAGUAGCCGCGUUUCCGCUGGCGCAGUUCCUCGUGAGUCUGCCGUGGGGCCGGCUGUCGGAUAAGCACGGGCGGCGGCUGUCGAUUGUAGGCGGGCUGGCGGUGUCCGUGCUGGCGAACGCGGGGUUCGGGUUCUCGCGGUCGUUUGGGGCUCUGCUGUUCUGGAGGAUACUGGCGGGUCUUGCGAAUGGGAACGUUGGCAUCAUGCGCACCGUGACGGCGGAAGUUGUGCGCGAGCGCAAGUAUCAGACCAAGGCUUUUCUCUUGCUGCCUCUGGUGUUCAAUGCCGGCAUGGUAGCUAGUCUGGCCCUGGGAGGGAGUCUGGCGGAACCCGUUGUUAACCUGGCGUGGCUGUUUGGGCCGGACGGGGCCUUGAAUACGAGUCGGAAUCCGGACGGCGUGGCUUGGGCCCUCGAAUAUCCGUAUGCGUUACCUGCGCUCUUGAACGCCGCCAUAUUAGCUGCGUCUCUGGUUUUAGCCGUGGGUGGUCUAAAGGAAACGCUUCCCGGUAAGGAGGACCAGAGCGAUAUUGGGCUCAAGAUCGGAGCGGCUAUUAUGCGUUGGGUUAGGCGUUUACGGCGAAAGGGGGAGCGACAGGAAUACGUGAGGAUAGACAGCAGUGAGGAUAAUUUCCUAGGGCAAACCCAGCAAGACCUCGAGAAGCCUCUACCGACGACGACGACACCUAUUGGACGUAAGAAUAUUCCUUUCUGGAGUAUUUGGACGCGUAGAGUGGUAUGCGCAUUGGUCUCGUUCGGACUGCUCCCGCUACACAACUCAGCCUUCAUGCACAUCUUCCCCGUCUACCUAAGUAGUCCUCCGGCCGACAACAGCGAGGCUACGUUUUUCGCCUUUUCAGGUGGCCUAGGGUUACGCUCAUCUACCAUCGGCAUAUGGCUCUCGAUAUUCGGCGUCGGCGGUAUCCUCCUGCAGCUCUUUAUAUAUCCACGGCUGCAGGCGCGCAUCGGUACCCGCGGCGUCUUUCGAAUAGCGCUGUUUUUGUUCCCGGUUACGUACGCCGCGGCACCGUACCUGUCGCUCCUAGCGGGUACCGGAGAAGACGGAGCUCGCUGGGUCUUCUUAGGGCUCGUUGUGUGUGCCCAGAUUAUGGCGCGUACUAUGGCUAUUCCCAGUACUGUAAUUCUCUUAACCGAAUCCGCGCCCUCGAAGACGGUCCUGGGGACUAUACACGGAGCUGGUAAUAUGCUGGCGAGCCUGGCACGCGCUAUUGGGCCCGCCGUAGGUGGUUACGUGUUUGCCAUGGGCGUCGAGGAGGGAGUUAUUGGGCUUGUGUGGUGGUUAUACCUGGUAGCUAUAGCUCUAUCUGCUUUAGCUUGGUCAUAUAUCAUAGAAAAAGACGAGGGUUAA